AUGGCUAACAACGCAAUCAAUAUUGCCCUGCUGGGAUCUACAGGAUUAGUGGGCUCACACUUCCUAGCAAAUCUCCUGAGUCACACAUCCAUAUCCCGGAUCGACACAAUCUCACGCCGCACACCAGCCAGCUCAACCACCAACCCUAAACUAAACCCCAUCAUCGAAACCGACACAUCCCGCUGGGCCAGCCGCGUAUCCCAACUCUCUCCACCACCGGCCAUUUUUUUCUCCGGCCUAGGCACAACACGCAGUCAAGCUGGCGGUCUUGAAAAUCAGUAUAAACUUGAAUUCAACACAAACAUUGAAUGCGCCAAAGCCGCUCGCGACGCAGGCGCAAAGGUUUACGUGCUUGUUUCGAGCGGGAGCGCAAAUUCGUCUUCCGUGAUACCAUAUCUCAAACUAAAAGGGGAGAUUGAAGAAGCCGUUAAAGAGCUGGGGUUUGAGCACACUAUUUUCUUAAGGCCAGGUGUGAUUACAGGUCAGAGGGGCCAGAGUCGUCCGUUUGAGGCUGUGGUACGGUUUGUCGCGAGUACGGCAGGGAGAAUUCAUUCUUCACUCAAAGACGGGKGGGCGCAGGAUGCGGAUGAUAUUGCUAAGGCAGGUAUAAAUGCCGGGCUGAAGGCUCUUGCUGGGCAGGCUCCGCCGGGGAGUGAGAAGGUUUGGGUCAUUGAGCAGGGUGAGAUUGCCCGUUUGGUGCGCGAGGAAUGA